AUGCUCCUCUUAGUUUCAAGGGUCUCGUUAUCAAUCGUUCCCCGCGGAACUCUGUACCCUGGAUCCACCUCGACGAAAGGAGCAGGCAAGAAAAGCCUGGAGGAAUCUGCGUGGUCGAUGGGCGGAUACUCUGACGCGCCCUUCGGCAAUGCAAGGAAGGGUGGAAAGCUGCACAAGCCAAAAAAACACAAAGGAGGAGAUCAUGGCGACUUUCAUCUUGGCAGUUAA